AUGUAUUGUCCUUUUUGCGGUUCGGGAAUAAACCCCGAAACGACAUUCUGUAGUUCGUGUGGAAAAAAUAUAACAUUCCUGCGUGAUGUCCAAAAACCAAGCACAAGUCAGGCAAAAGCAGUCAGGAACACUUUCCCUGAUCACUAA